AUAAAUUUAUAAUAUAUCGUAAAACAUAAAAGUAAUGGCUAUAAUAUUACAAAUAUUUGUAACUCCAUCUUAAAAUUGAAGAUACUUCGAGUUAGAUGUGUGGCAGACGACAGAGAAUUUUGCAAUCUGUCACUUCAAAGUUUAUUGUAAUAAUAUUUCUUUAAAUAUUAGUAAUUCUAUAAAAAUAACUCUCAUUACGAAAAUUGCUUUAGUAAUUGAUGAUGUUAUGAGGAAAUAUAUUAGAAUGAAACGUAUGUAAACUAUCCAUAUUUCUAUUCGAAUUGAACAACAGGGUUAUGAGGCUCCAAUUUCGAAGUCUCGUUAUUCAUAAAUAUUUUUUCAAUAUUUUUUGUAUAAUUUGUAUAUUACAUGAUGGCUGAAAAAUGUAAGGAAUGUGGCUGCAAAUGUCUGGGCUGUAAUCAAAAUGAUCAGCAACAUGGAGAAAUGCAUUUGCAUGUAGAAAUAGAAAAUUUACGUCAACGUUUAUUAGAAAGAGAUAAUCAUAUUGUAACAAUGGAGACACAGUUUUUAAAUGAAGCUGACAAAUUUCCAAAUGGUGAAUUAGCUUCUAUGAAGGAAGAACUUUUAAUUUGGCAAGAAAAGUAUUCAAGAUUAUACGAGGCUCAUAAACGUGUUCAGAAAGUAAAUCAAAAUCUUGAAGAUAAAUUAUUGAGGAUUGUAGAUAAAUGUGAAACAGAAAAAAGUGCAUUUACUAAGGAUAUUGCAACUUUAUCUCAUAGAUUAGCUGAUGCAAAUUACACUAUACAUCGUUUAACUCAAGAUAAUGAAAAAUAUAGGAAUGAUGUAAACUUGGCAAUACAACUUCUUCAAUGUAAACCUUCUAAUUUUGUUGGACAAAAAUAUGAUUCUUUACCUUCCGAAGUACAAGCCAAAGUUAGGACAUACAUUGCACAAAAGAAACAUUCUAGUGAUACUACAUCUCCUGAUAUAAAAAGUAUUACAGUACCAAUUUCAACAUUUCCUCCAACAGCAAUGGUAUAUAAUGUAACUAAACCUACAAUUGAAAACAAUAGUGAUGAUGAAACAGAUGAAUCUAAACCACCAGUGGAUGUUGUCUCGGCAGCGAUAAUGGCGAAAGUUUUAGAAGAUCGAGAGAAAGAAAGAGUAUUUGGAAAGCAUUGUGAUACAUGUACUUGCCAUAGAAGUAUUUUAAUGGUUGAUGCUGAAACUCAAACUAAUAUGCCAAAUGUUUUUUCUUGUAAUGAAUGUACAACAAUGUAUGCACAAAAUGUAGAGAAACAUUCUGAUAAUUUAAAAAAUAUUGAUAAAAAUUGUCAAAAUAAAGGAAGUCAAAAUUCAUUGGUACAUGUAAUCUAUCAUGAGGGAAAUGAAAGUGUUAAUAGUAAAGUACAGUAUCAGAAUAAUUGUACAAAGAAUAGUAAUCAUCAACAACUAUGCACAAAAGAUAAAUUUUUAAAUAGAAAUAGUAAAAUUAUAGACAGUUUAAAAGACGAUAAUCGUGUAAAUGUUAAUACAAAGCUUAAUUUUAAUAAAAAGAAUUCAUUACGUCAUAAUGAUAUCGUCAAUACGUCACAACAUCAAAGUAUAUUUCAAAAUCAAAACGAAAAUACGACUAAACAGGCAAUAUCUUAUAAAAUUAACGAUACAUGUGUUAAUGGUAAAACAAAUGUUGAUAAAGGAAAACAAACAAAACUGAAUAAAAAAUGUGAAAUUGAUGGUAAAUUUAAUCCAAAUUCUUGGAAUAAAUUGGAUAAGAAAUCUUCUAAUUGUAGUCGUAUAGUUCCUGAAAAUUGUAAAAAUUACUUUGAUAGAAAAGAGCAGAGUCACAUCGAUAUUAUUAACGAUAGAUUAUGGAAAAAUGAAUGGACGAGACUAAAAUCACAGACGAAAGAAAGCAAAGACAAAAUUAACAGUGAUAUUGAGAUUGAUAUAAUUAAUGAUAGGGUUUGGAAAAAUGAUAGAUCAACUCAAGAAACACAACAACACGCAACACAAUUAACUUUAAUAGAAGUGAAGAAUAUUGAUAAUGUUGCGCAUCAAAAUGAUUCUGGGCAAAUGGAAGUGGCCACUAGUCCAACUUUUAGUAGCGAUAGUAUUGUAAUUUCAACUUCCGAUCCUUCCAGUAGUUCUAGUGAUGUCGUUCAAUUAACUGGAAUGCGUGUGCAUAAUGUAUUAGGUAAUUUGAAACCUAAUACGCAAAAUAGAAUAACUGGUCCAAGGAAUUGUCUCGUUAGAGUAACACCUGGAUCGAAGAAUAUUCUUUUAGAUAAUGCUGGUCAUUAUAAAACUGUGUUAUAUACUAGUGGAAAUAAUAAACCAAAUACCGCUUUAGUUCAUUCGAAAAAAAUGUCUCGAUCUGGAUCGGAAAGAUCAAUUUCAACCAGUAGCGAAGAAAGCACACCGAUGUUGUUACAUGACAAUAAUCAAUUACAAAGAGUAGCCGAAUGGGUUCAAUCAUCGGUUCACAUGGAUAAUUCUGGAUCAAAUUACACGGAAUUAAAGCCAAAUGAAAAUAUAAUGGAUAAUAAAAGUCUUUCUUUAACAUAUUUAGACGAGUCUCAAACAAAUUGCAAAUCAAUUGAAAAUAAUCAAGAAUCAUAUGACAAUUCUUCAGAAAAUAAAUGCAACAGUUUGAUAAUGGAAGAAAUUCAAGAAUUUGGAAUGAGAAAUUUAAAUAAUGCUGUAAAUAAUUUUUCAUUGGAUACUGUAAAUAAUACUGAUUUAGAAAAAGAGAAAGAUUUAAUAUCUUUCGAUAUUCCAAUCGAAGAGGAGAAAGUUUUGCCUAAAACAUUGAAAAAAGGAGUCACUGCAGAUUUUGAUUACGAAGUCAAGAUUACUAAAGAAAUGGAAGAAACUUAUUUAAAGCUUGCAGCGAGUUUAGAUCCUGUGGCAUUAAGCUUAUCGAGCACGGAUAACGUGGAUUUAACGAUUGAAAAAUAUAGGAAAGAUCACAAGAGAUUUCAAAAGAAUCACGAUAAAACGGGAUCAAAAGUGUAAAGUAUACCAGCAAAUAUUUGAAAAGAAAUUAUUACUAUUUCAGCAGGGAGUUCCUUUAAAAAUAAAACAGAGCAUUAUUUUUUGUAACUACGUGAAACUAAGGCUGUACCAAGAACAGUAGCGUAGAGUAAAACAUUCUAUAUUCACACAUACACUAUAUUGCAGUUGUAGAAUCAUAUUUAUUUAAUUUGUAUAGCUAAUAAUAAUAAUAAUAAUAUCGUAAUAUUUUUGUUUUGUGAAUAAAAAUUGAAUUUCAUAGCAAUUAUGCAAUGUUGCUAGAUAGAAUAUUAUUUAUUAACUACUUUAGUAAAUUCUAUUAUAAUUAAUAUGCAUAAUUUAAUUCCAACUAACUAAAAAUCGAUUAUAUUUUUUAUUCGAUUCUUUUUUUUUAUCUAAAAGAUAUUGAAAUACUUUACUUAUGUACGAACGUAAUGUCUUAGUUUUCUUCUUUCUUCUGUACACUUUUGUACAGAUCAAUUGAAAUAUGAAAUAUGAAACAUGGAUUAAAUUAGAUGUCCAAACUUUUAUUCUUGUUACUGCGAUACUGCGAUUAAAUAUUAUAUUAGGAUAAAUUGCGUUCGGGUGUAUUAAAACGUUGACAAUAUUAUAAACAGAAAAUUCAUUGUCAAAUUGUCGAAAUUUUACACUCAUAGUGUAAUACAUUAGCGCGUGCUAUAUUUCCAAAUCAUUAGAAUCAUGGAACGCGAAUAUUUCGCGUCGUCAAAUGUAAAAUCUUUUACAAAUUCAUUCGAUGGAAGAGGAACACCGAAACGAACGACGAUAGUAUUUUAACGUAAAUAAACGAAAUUUUAUCAUCGUAAACGGGUAAACGAUAAAACGAUGUUAUAUUUUCCUUGUAUGCAUGUGCAAGUAUGGCAGAAUACAGAAUAAUGACAAUAUCAAGAUUGUUGAUAAUUAUCAUAAAAUGUAUCCGUGAGAUUUUUCAUUAAUUUCGUACUCGCAUCAAAAUAAAUAUCAUUAUAAAAAUCAAAUACGAGAAACGUUUUAUGUAAUAAUAAAAAUUUGUUUGGCGCAAAUAUCCUCGCCUGUGUUAAGGAGAAAUAAUUAUGGUACCAAAGUUAAUACAUUUUGAUAUUUCUUUAAUGUCUCACUUUAAUGUAUCGUAGUAUAAUUACUCACUUUAUUUUGCAUGUUUUAUUACGAGUUUAUUUUAAAAAAAGAUGCUUAAGAUCCCUGCGACAAAGAUGAAAGUUAUAUAAUACUUCAGGCGCAUAAUUAAAAUAAACUCGAUUCGAUUACCUGAUUUCAAUUGUAAUCCAAACUCGCUGUGCUUCGAUCGAAUCGAAAUCGAUCUUUUAAAGAAAGAAAGAAAGAAAAAAGAAAAAAAAAAAAAAAGAAAAAAAGAAAAAAAAAGAAGAAAAACGAAGAGAAAAAAAAUAUAAACUUUUACUCAGUCUUCGAGUAUUUUAGCGUUGUUUUAUGGCAAUAAAAAGAAUUACUUCAAUAUUAUUCCUUAUAUUGUACUUUUACAAAUAUAAUUACAGAUAAACAAUAAAUUGAUCAAUAUCGCAAAUAUAACUUAAGGCAAAAAAAAAAAAUAAAUAAAUAAAAUAAAAAUUAAUUGAUAAUUAUUGUCUUACGGAGAAUUUAACAUUUAACGAUAAUAAUUAUAUUCGUUGAUAAUUUUUCUCGAAUGAAAGAUUGAAUAAAAUUGCCGAUAUUUAUAAUUCAACGUAUCCACGACGUUUCAAAAAUGAGAUAUUAUUGCGUUUCAUGGUAAACAUAAGUGCAUCGUGUUACGAGCAAGACGCAAAGAUUAAUGUUUCUGCCUGUUUUUUUUUUCCAUUUAUGCAAUAAUGUAUUCUGCGUGGAACAGAGAGUUGCAAUGUAAUAAUCGAGAAUGUGGAUUGAGGAAAUGAAUUAAAGAUGACUCCAUCUAUCGUGGACAUCGCAUUAAAGUUGCAAAUUUAUGCGUAAAAUAAAAAGAAAAAAAAAAUAUAUAUAUAUAUAUACGAGCAUUACCGUAUUACAGCAAGAGGAAAAGCAAGGAAACUUUUCGCGUUUUCAUAGCGAAAACGUCGGAACGAUCGCGUAUUUUUAGGCUGUUCACCUAUGCGUAAACUCAAGAAGCGAUGAAAUUCGAAAACCGAAACUUCGCAUAUUUCGCGAAACCGAUUGAUUUUCAUCGUGGCUCGUUAAGCGCAACGCGUUUUCAGUUAACGACCAUUAAUUAAGGAGGGUGCAUGAGUCACCGGUAUAUCGGUGCUCGAGUUCUGAAUAUACAAAUGAAAAUAUCGAUUGAGAACAUGUCGCCAAAUAUAUUUCCGUCGGUUUCAAUAUUCUCUCAGGUGAACCAACAUCUCUUCAAGAUAUCUAUAUCUAUUAGAAAAUUAGAAGAAUUGAUUAUUUGGAUUGGAUUCAUAUUGGAAUAUUGGAAAAAAGGAAGUGAUGCUUUGAAAUAAUUUACUCAAGCUCGAGAUAAUGAUGGAGAAAUGGAACGAGAUGUUUGGUUUGAAUUUAAAUUAAGAUUUCUUCUUUUUUUUUUUUUUUCCUGAAUUUUGAUAUUCUAUCUCGUACGGCUAGGUAAAAAUUCCAUUGUUCAUCCAAAUUAAUAUUUUUAUCUAUAUUUAUUAAGUAAAUUGAAUAUUGUAAAAAAAAGAAAAAAAAAAGAAAAAAAGGAAAUCGUGUAAUAUAUAUAUAUUAGUGCAAGAAUUAGAAUCAAGUGAAUAAAGAUAUACGAGGCUUUAUCGAAUCGUACGUUCAAGAUUGCACCGUACUUUACGGUUUUACACUCGUGAGCGCGUAUGUUUCGCUUUUGAUUCAUUUUACGAAUAACACAAUAUUGUGAAAUGCGUAUUGUAUCGAUAGGAGAAACGGUUUUAGAAGAACAAUGAGGUAUCUUUGAUUUUUUUUUCUUUUUUUUUUUUUUCUCUUUAAUUAGCUUAUUAUACAUUCUUAUACAGAUAUAUCGGAAUAGAAGAGGAGGAAUAGCGAGGAGGGAGGGCUCGAAAGAUCAAACGCAGAUCUAUGAAUUUGAAUACAAAAGAUACUGUAAAUGCAUUGAGGUGUAUCGUUGCGGCUGAGUUUUCAUUGAAACGGACUGAUCGCUUUGAAUUACAUCCUGUAGUAAACAGUUACCCAUUAACUCGAAAUCAGAUGUACCAUGUGUAACGUGGCGACGAUAAUAAUGUAAACUGUACAUAUACAGUGAAAUAAAAAUGUAUUUAAAGAA